CAAGCUACCGUCAUGGUUCUCAAGACUGAGUUAUGCCGCUUCAGUGGAGCAAAGAUCUACCCGGGUAGAGGCAUCCGAUUUGUUCGCUCGGAUUCUCAGGUGUUCCUGUUUGCAAACUCUAAGAACAAAAGGUACUUCCAUAACAGACUGAAGCCAGCUAAAAUUGCUUGGACAGCCAUGUACAGAAAGCAACACAAGAAGGAUAUUGCUCAAGAAACUGUCAAGAAGAGGCGUCGCUCCACCAAGAAGCCUUACUCUCGAUCCAUAGUGGGUGCUACAUUGGAGGUCAUACAGAAGAGACGAAGCGAAAAACCUGAAGUUCGUGAUGCUGCAAGAGAGGCUGCUCUUCGUGAAAUUAAGGAGAGGAUCAAGAAAACCAAGGACGAAAAGAGGGCGAAGAAGGCAGAAGUAAUGGCUAGGUCAACAAAGAAUCAAAGCAAGGGUAACUUCCCUAAGGGUGGUGGUGCAAAUAAGGGCCCCAAGGCUGCUGGAGGAGCCAAGGGCAAGCGAUGA